UCGCGAGGAUCCGGCACCUUCCCCCUGCGAGGCCCCGCUUGCUCCCCGCGGCUUCUUUCCCCUUAGGGGUGGAACUGCUUCGCGCCCGUUCUUCGGCGUGCGCAGGUUUUUUGCGGCCUUUCUGGGGCCCGGAAAACCAGGCGCUGGCCCCGGACACCGCCGGCCCUCACCGGCCACCCGCCGGGGCCCGGGCGCGCCGCCGAGCCUCUAGCCUCGAACCCGGGGCCGGGCGGGGCCUGCACUUCCGGCCCCACCCACUCAGGGCCUCGCCUCCCGCGAGCCCGACCCCGGGGUACGUGACACACCCCCUCCCGGCCGCCUGUCCGCCCCCGCCCAUCUUUCGCUCAGUCCUGGGGCUUUUCUCCCUGGCUGGUUCCGACACUGCACUAAAAGAGCUGCACCGUGGAAACCCACGUCGCGGAGACACACUUUGUUUGGAGAAGAGGCCGAGUGUUUGGACCUCAGGAUAUACGCUCACCUUUUCAAGGGCCUGGGAUAGAUUUGAUUAAUCAGCCUGGCGUACCCUGUUUCUGCUGACCCUGCCGUUUUCCCUGUCUACCUUCCCAUACUUCCAAAACCAUUAAGCAGAUGGCCCUCGGAGAUUUGGUUUAUUUGAGUCUACUUUGAGCUAGACGUGAGGCUGAGCCCUGGGUUGGAGCAUGGCUGCGUCCCUGGACUCUCCGAUCCACGCGCCCCUGGAGGUUGAGGGAUGCCUAAUAAUGAAGAUGGAAAAGGACCCCGAGUGGGCGUCGGAGCCCCUUCUGGAAAGAUCCGAUAGCUCUGAGUCUGAGACCUUUCGCAAAUGCUUCCGGCAAUUCUGUUAUGCGGAUGUGACCGGACCCCAUGAAGCUUUCAGUAAACUCUGGGAACUUUGCUGCCGCUGGCUGAAGCCAGAAGUGCGUUCCAAGGAGCAGAUCCUUGAGCUGCUGGUGAUUGAGCAGUUUCUCACCAUUUUACCCGAGAAGAUACAGGCGUGGGCACAGAAGCAGUGUCCGGAGAGUGGAGAGGAGGCGGUGGCCCUGGUAAUCCAUUUGGAGAAAGAGACUGGAAAACUAAGACAGCAGUUUAUUUCCCAGGUUAACAGUCCUGUGCAUUCAGAGAAGCAACCCCCACUCAGAGCAACAUGGGAGGUGGCAGACUUUCAGCCAGAGCAGGUGGAGACCCAACACAGAGUAGUGUCUCCAGAGGAAGCUGGAAGCCUCCACUCAGGACACCAGGAGCAGCUGAACCGAAAGAGAGAGCAUCGGCCCUUACCCAAGAAUGCUCGGCCUUCUCCCUGGGUUCCUGCCCCUGCUGAUGAAUGGAAUACCAGAGAUCAGGAAGUAACAACCACAUGUCUUCCUGUUGGGUCCCAGGGACCGGUGAAAGAUGUCCACAUGGCAAGAGGUUUUCCCUACAAGAGCGUGCAUCAGAUUCCUGCUCACAGAGACCUCUACCGGGAUAUUAGGAAGGAGAAUGUUGGGAACAUGGUCUCCCUGGGAGGUACAGUAUCUACAUCUAACAAGAUAUCCCAGUUGGAGCAAAGAAAGGAGCCAUGGGCCAUAAGUCUACAUUGCUCUAAUAAAAGGAAUAUUCUGCGAAACAACUACAUCAAGGAAAAGUCAGUUCAUGCUAUUCAGAUCCCUGUAAGGAAUGCAGGGAAAACAUGGAGAAAGCAGCAACAGUGGGGUUUAGAAGAUGAAAAAAUAGCAGGCGUGCAUUGGAGCUAUGAGGAAACUAAGACUUUUCUUGCAAUUCUCAAAGAGUCUCGCUUUUAUGAAACACUCCAGGCUUGUCCCCGAAACAGCCAGGUGUAUGGUGCUGUAGCUGAAUGGUUACGAGAAUGUGGCUUCCUCCGAACACCAGAACAGUGUCGGACCAAGUUCAAAAGUCUCCAGAAGAGCUAUCGAAAAGUGAGAAAUGGCCAUGUGCUAGAACCCUGUGCCUUCUUUGAGGACAUGGAUGCUUUGUUGAACCCUGCAGCCCAUGCUUCAUCUGCUGAUAAGCCAAAGGACAUUAUUUCUCUCCCCAGACUGAAAAGAAUUGGGAUGAGUGCUAAAGAACAGAUCAGUUUGGUGGAGGAGGAAGAAGCAGCAGAAGAAUCUGAUGGUGAUGAAGUGGGCAUUGAAUUUAUCCGCAAGUCUGAGAUUCGUGGUGCCCCUGUCUUGUUUCAGAACCUGAGUGGAGUGCACUGGGGCUACGAGGAAACCAAGACUUUUCUUGAUAUCCUCCGUGAGACUCGAUUUUAUGAAGCGCUUCAAGCCUGUCAUCGGAAGAGUAAGUUGUAUGGGGCUGUGGCGGAACAACUGCGAGAGUUUGGCUUCCUGCGGACACCAGAGCAGUGCCGGACCAAGUUCAAAAGCCUUCAGAAGAGUUACCGUAAAGUGAAAAAUGGUCACAUGCUAGAGUCCUGCGCAUUCUACAAGGAGAUGGAUGCCCUGAUUAACUCUCGAGCAUCUGCCCCUUCCACCAACGCCCCAGAAGAAGUCUCAUCACCCUCAAGGCAAGAAAGAGAGGAUAUUGAGAUUGAACCCCAGGAAUCUACAGGCUGGGAACCUGAGGAGACCUCACUGGAGGCAAUGGUGGAAGACUCUGGCAGCGAGAGAAUGAGUGAGGAGGAAAUUUUACAAGAGCCGGAAUUCCAGGGACCUCCAGGUCUACUGCAAAGCCCAAGUGGUUUUGAAAUUGGAGGUAGUAUUGAGGAGGAUGCAACGCGGGUAACAUAUAAGGACAUGGAGCAGCAUAGGGCACUGAGAGAAAAGUCUGCAAGGGCAGUCUCCCAGCACACUGAUCCAGGUAAAUAUCGCAGAAGGGAAUGCAUCUCAGGAAGACAAUGGGAAAACCUUCAAGGCGUCAGACAGGGAAAGCUGGUGUCCCAGCCUAGAGAUUUAGGGAAAGCUGUUGUGCAGCAGAGGCCUUUGGUGGGGAAGAGACCCUAUAGACUUCUCAAGUACGGAGAAAGCUUUGGAAGGAGUGCUCGUCUCAUGUGCCGGAUGCCCCACCAGAAGGAAAAUCCUUCUAAGUGUGGUGUCUGUGGGAAGUGCUUUGGUAGAAGCAGGAGCCUAAUCAGACACCAAAGAAUUCACACGGGAGAAAAACCGUUUAAAUGUCUCGACUGUGGGAAAAGUUUUAAUGACUCCUCAAACUUUGGGGCCCACCAGAGAAUCCACACAGGGGAGAAGCCCUACAGAUGUGGAGAAUGUGGCAAGUGCUUUAGUCAGAGCUCAAGUCUUAUUAUACACCAGAGAACCCACACUGGAGAGAAGCCCUAUCAGUGUGGGGAGUGUGGGAAAACCUUUACCAACAGUUCUCAUUUCAGCGCCCACCGGAGAGUCCACACUGGCGAGAAUCCCUACAAAUGUGUAGAUUGUGAAAAAAGUUUCAGUAACUGUACAAGAUUUCGAGAACAUCGGAAAAUACACACUGGAGAGAAGCCCUACGGAUGUGUGCAGUGUGGCAAACAUUUCAGUAAGAGUUCUGUUCUCACCAAACAUCGGGAAGUCCACAUGAGAGAAAAAUUCCUGCCACCCUCUCCAUCUAUAUAUUCCCCAGAGCACCCAUGUAAGGGGAAGACUGAUGAAUUCAGGAAAAAUUUUUGAUGCUGAUCUCUUCUCUUCCUGAAUGUCCCUUUAGCCAUUCUACUCUCAUCUCUCUCUCGGAAGCAAUCUUUUCUUAGCUAUAAAGUGUAAUUCCCAAGGUAACCUGCGGAUAUAAUAAACUAACGACUUGGA